UAUAUGAACACCCAGUCGUAUCGCCCUCCUACUUUCUUCUCUCCCCCUCUCUCUACAAAUUUUAAGUUCUCUAGUGUUACUCGUGAAAUUUGACCAUGUCUGACGAGGAACAUCACUUUGAGUCGAAGGCCGAUGCCGGCGCUUCCAAGACUUUUCCCCAGCAGGCCGGAACCAUCCGUAAGAACGGUUACCUUGUCAUCAAAGGCCGUCCUUGCAAGGUUGUGGAAGUUUCAACUUCCAAGACUGGGAAGCAUGGUCACGCUAAGUGUCACUUUGUUGCAAUUGACAUCUUUAAUGGAAAGAAGCUUGAAGAUAUUGUGCCGUCUUCCCAUAAUUGUGAUGUCCCUCAUGUUAACCGCACUGAUUACCAGCUCAUUGACAUAUCUGAAGAUGGAUUUGUGAGCUUGCUGACUGAUAAUGGUAACACUAAGGAUGACCUGAGGCUUCCAACCGAUGAAAGUCUGCUUACUCAGAUCAAGGAUGGAUUUGCUGAUGGGAAGGACCUGGUUGUUAGUGUCAUGUCUGCCAUGGGAGAGGAGCAGAUCUGUGCCCUCAAGGAUAUUGGUCCUAAGUAGCUUCCCUCUACGUUUAGGGAUUGCUUGCUGCUUUUUAAUUUCAAAUGAGGUAAGCAUGGUAUAUGUCUACUAAAGUAUGGGAGGAUCAUGGGCCAUCUUUUCCAGGAUUCUCCAUACUGGUGACUGGAAUGUAGAUGGUUUUUGUUCUCGACUAUUCAGAGACUACUUUAUCAUUAAUGGGUUCAUGUCAUGUGUGCUACAUUUAUGUUCUGUUCUGUUCUGUCCUGUAUUUUUUUCUUUUUCUCUUUUUACAAAACUGUUUGAAUCUUGUUUAUUAUGGGUGUGAAGUAGAAAUUGGUUUUGAUGCAAAAAUAUAGAUUUGUUGCACCAUUUGAUUCGACUAAGAUGUUUUGAGGUUUCUUUUAAA